AUGUAUGUAGCGGAUACACUGUCGCGCGCUUAUUUGCCAAAUGAAGGCAAACAAACUGAAUACGAAGCUGUGAACGCCACAAAAACGCUUCCUAUUCGUGAGGAAAGACUAGACGAGUUGCGCAAUGAAACAGUCAAGGAUGAUGAGCUGAAAGUUUUGAAAGAAACUGUACUCAAAGGAUGGCCUACUAGCAUCCGAGCUGUUCCUCAAAGGAUUAGACACUACUUCUCCAUCCGAGAUGAGAUCUCUGCUGAAGGUGAUCUUGUUUUCCGUGGAUUGAGAGUGAUUGUACCAGCGAGUAUGCAGAAGACAAUGUGUAGUCUAGUUCACUCAUCUCACAUUGGUAUUGACGGCUGCAUUGGUAGAGCCCGCGAAGCUCUUUACUGGCCGGGAAUGACUGUUGAAAUUAAACGCAAAGUGAGCCAAUGUGCAGUGUGCAGAGAAUUCGAGACAAAACAGCAGAAAGAAACCCUGGUGAACCAUGAAAUUCCUGAGCGUCCUUGGCAAAACAUUGGUACAGAUUUAUUUGAUUUUGAAGGAAAGAAAUUCCUGAUCACUGUUGAUUACCUAAGCAACUUUUGGGAAAUCGACCGAAUGAAGGACACAAAGGCCGAGGCGGUGAUUCUCAAACUCAAGAACCAUUUUGCGCGUUAUGGUUCUCCUGAAAAGGUGAUUAGUGAUGGAGGUCCACCAUACGAUUCUCAUGAAUUUCGAAGAUUUGCGAAAGACUGGGACUUUAAGCAUGACAUAACAGAUCCUUACCAUCCGCAGAGCAAUGGAAAAAUUGAGUCCGCUGUCAAGUCCGCUAAGAAAAUUCUGAGGAAAGCGCUAAAGUCAAAGUCAGAUCCGUAUUUGGCAAUUAUUGAUCAGAGAAAUACCCCGUCGCAAGGACUUGGUAAUAGUCCAGUCCAACGCUUGCAUUGUAGAAGAACCAGGACACUUUUACCAACCCGAUCAGAACUGCUGAAACCAGAAACUGUAGACUGGAAGAAAACCAAGGAAGAUAUUGAGACUAGUCAAGAAAAACAACGGCAUUAUUAUGAUAGAAAUGCAAAGGACUUGACCCCAUUGCAUCCGGGAGAUACUGUUCGUCUUCAACCAAUGCGAAAAGGAGAAAAAUCAUGGAAAAGGGCAAAAGUGACCAAACAACUCAAAGAUCGGUCUUAUGAAGUCGAUACCGGAGAUCGAAUACUGAGGCGUAAUCGUGUACAUCUGAAGAAAACGGAGGAAAAUCCACCACCAAUGGAACAAUCCGUGGAACUGUCACAACCAGACAUGCCAGAGACAGAGAACAAUCCUACCAUGGACAAUCAUAGCGAUGAGAUUCAGAACAAUCAGGAGUUGGUACGUGUAGAAUCACAUGCGCCUGGUACCGAGCCAGAAAUCCGUACAACCAGAUCUCGGAAGAAUUGUACGUAA